GAAGGUGGAAAGAAUCUAGAAAUGUGAAUUGAUAGGUGAUAUAUACAUAUAUAGAAUAUGUAUGUAUUUCUCUCUCUAUAUCUUCUAAAACUUUAGCUGAAAACCAAACCAGAAACAACACAUUUAUAAAUUCUUUAUGCAGCAGAUUUGCUGGCAAACAAAUUAAUGGUGGAAUCAACCCAAUAUGUUUGUUUGCUCAGAGACCACAAGUUGACAAUCCUGUGAGUCACUUCCAUUUCUAGAGAGAGAAAGCGAGGAGAGAGAAAGAGAGAUCUAUCUAUCUAUCUAUCUUAUCUCCAAUCACUCUCUUCCUCGUAUCUGUUGUUCAGAGAAAAGUGGCUCAGCAGAUCGAAGAUUUCCCCCCUUUUUUUUCUAUUUUCUUUUUUCGUAAAUUAAUUCUCCGAUUUUUGUAAUUCGUAAUUUGAAGACGACUUCGGCGUGUUAACGGAGACUUAUCGGCAUGAGGAAUGGCUACCAAAGUACAAACUAAGAUGCAUUUUUUAGGCUCGGUGAUGGAUCUAAACAAUGGUCCGUGUAAUGGUAUGUGGGACGCGUAUCAUGAUGAGAGAAAUUCGGGUUACAACUCGUUUUUGAUGAGCCAAACGAUGGACAGACACCCGGGGUAUCCAAAAGAACAAAUGAGGCUAACUAUUUUGAAGCAAGAGUCAAUCUUCAGGCAUCAGCUUCAAGAACUUCAUCGACUGUAUAAAAGACAAAAGGAUUUGAUGAACGAAUUCACGAUGAACGAGCGUUACAAAUUUACGGUACCUGUAGGAGCAGCAAAUUCGAGUCAUUUUUUAAGUCAUACUCAGAGAAGAGUGAUUGAUUUAGAACUUCCUGCUGAUGUGGAUGAGAGUAAUGAAGAAAAUCAAGCGGCAAAAGUUGUUCAAAAUUUAAGCAAAAAACGAGCCUAUAAUUUGGCUGAUCUUAACGAACCGAUACAUAUGGAAGAAGCAUCUUUUGCACCAUCUGUUAACAGUGAUUAUUGUGUUACUGAUAAACUACAAAAGCAAGAUUUAUCUAGAAAUUCAAAGUUUUGGUACUCGCAAGCUGAGCCAAAGAAAGCCCAUGAGCAUUUAUCGAGGAACAGAACGAUAUUUGGUGUUGAACUUUCAGAAAGCGGCAACAAGCCAUCUUUUGGGUCUUCACAGUCUUCUUCAUGGGAUCAAUACACGUCAUCCGUCAACCAUAGCCAUUGGAUUGAACCCUGUGGAAAACAUGAAGUUUUGUAUGGAAAAAAGAACCAUGAAAACCUUGAGAAACAGCUGCCUCAUUGGCUUAUGAAGACCAAAGGGAAAGAAACAACAGUUUAUCAGAUGAAUUUGGAUUCUUUGCAGCAACAUUCUCAGCAGUUUUUCAAGAAAGCCGAGAAACUUCAAACCGAUCAUGUCCACGGAAUUACAAAAAUUCUAGGGGUCCCGAUUGUUAACGUUCAAGAUUCAGCCAACGUUUCUCAUGAUAAAAAUGCUGAAAACGACAAAAAUAAAAGCAUUUUGGAAUCAAGGCAAGACUUUGAUUUAAAUUUGUCUUUUGACGAACAAGAAGAUCCUUCAUCAACACCAAACAUCCCUGAAGCCGUUGUCAAAAUCGCUUCAAUGGAGAUCGACCUGGAGACCCCUGCAGCCCUUGAAACCGAACCAGAUGAUGAACUUGUUAAAUCUGCAGCUGAAGCUAUCAUCUCCAUUUCAUCAUCCGAGGUGCCACCAGCCGACACUUUGCUGUGGUGGCUGGCAGAGGCAAUUGCAUCUGGUGACGGUUUCAAAGAUUCAGUAAACGCGAAUAAAGACGAAGAUUGUAUUCCCGAAGGUAUGGAUUACUUCGAGUACAUGACACUAAAGCUGCAAGAAACCAAGGAAGAGUACAAGUGCUAUGAGGCGGUGACUGUAGCGGAAAACGAAGAAGACGACGGUUUGUUGAAAAAACGAGCGACUAGAAAGGGACAAGGGAAGAGGGGUAGACCGAGAAAAGAUUUUCAGCGGGACGUAUUACCAGGAAUUGUUUCAUUAUCGCGGCGAGAAGUGACUGAAGAUCUUCAGAUAUUCGAAGAGGCGUUUAAUGGUAUUGGAGUUUCUUGGCAGUCAAAGAGAAAAACCGGUGGUAAGAAUGGCAGAGGCAGGCGGCGCUUGAUGGCUCCCAGCCCGCCAUCUACGCCACCACCACCGCCACCACCAGCUGCGGUAGCUGUUGAAAAGAGUGUUCGUUUAGAGGUAGCGUUGGACGAGAAAUGUCUUAGCGGUUGGGGAAAAAGGACGAGGCGUUUGCCCAGGCAGAGAUGUCAAAAUGGUAGUAAUCACCAUUCUCUAGCUUUGAAGUGUUGAUUCGAAUUACUACCACCGCUGCUGCCGCCGUAAACAGAUAGAGUUGGUGUUUUGGAGACCAUUGUUGUACAUAAUUAUACAGUAGACUUGUUAAAUAUUGUCUCCUGUACAAGUGAUUAAACUUGCCAUCAACAAAGUUGGGACAUUUUGGCAAGAUAAACAACGUUUUGUUUUGUGAGUUUGAUAUAAAUGGAAAGACAGUUUGCUUGUUCA